AUGGGCGGAAGCAGAGACUUCAGAGCUGAGCAACAUUCCUCAAACGUAUUCCACUCAAUCAUCGCCAUAGCCGUCUGGCUUGGCUCCAUUCACUUGAUCGCCGCUCUUGUUCUCCUUUCCCUCAUUUUCCUCCCUCCUUCUCUAUCUCUCCUGGGCUUUGCCUUGCUCUCUCUGUUUAUCUUCAUCCCAAUCAACGAGCGUGGCGAAUACGGUCGUAUCCUCGCUAGGUACAUAUGUAAGCACGCAUCAUGUUAUUUCCCCGUCUCUCUUCACGUCGAGGAUUACGAAGCUUUUCAGCCCAAUCGUUCCUAUGUUUUUGGUUAUGAGCCACAUUCGGUUUGGCCGAUUGGAGCUGUUGCGCUGGCUGAUCUUACAGGAUUUAUGCCUCUUCCUAACAUCAAAGUUCUUGCAAGCUCUGCUGUUUUCUACACACCGUUUCUAAGGCACAUAUGGACAUGGUUAGGGCUCGCUCCUGCUUCUAGGAAGAAUUUCAGCUCCCUUUUGGCUUCUGGCUAUAGUUGUAUCCUCGUACCUGGUGGUGUGCAGGAGACAUGUCACAUGCAACAUGGUGUUGAGACGAUCUUCCUCUCCUCGAGAAGAGGAUUUGUGCGGUUAGCCAUGGAACAGGGGAGUCCUAUAGUUCCAGUUUUCUGCUUUGGUCAGGCACACGUGUACAAAUGGUGGAAACCGAAUUGGAACAUCUACCAUAAAUUAUCAAGAGCCAUCAGGUUUACACCGAUCUGCUUCUGGGGAGUUUUUGGAUCUCCGUUACCGUAUCGACACCCAAUGCACGUAGUGGUUGGUAAACCAAUAGAGGUUACAAAAACUAUGCAGCCAACUAAUGAAGAGAUUGCUAAGUUCCAUGGACAGUUUGUGGAAGCGAUUAAGGAUCUGUUUGAGAGGCACAAGGCUCGAGCAGGCUACCCUGAUCUUCAGUUAAUUAUUCUUUGA